CCAAAGCCACAUAUCUUAUCAAGGCAAAGACCGUUAGCCUCCGAAAGACAACAGUAAUCAAUACUGAGAUUCGAUGCUGUCUUCACAUGUCAUCGAUACUGCAAUUGCAAACAAACCCAUCAAAAAUUCAAAUACAACUAUGAGACUCAGAGACCCAACUUGGAGAAGCAUUUACAAGACAACUAGAUGUAUCGUAGUAGCCCUGUAGUUUUAAAGCUCCUUGACUCCUCCUGGUAAAGCCGUUUUCACCGGAUUCCCCUGAACGCAACACGAAUUCUCGGCGGCAGAUGCGGUCUCCUUGAUGUUGAGUUUGACCGCUCGAGCUGAAGCUACCUUGAGACUCAUGAGUGACUGUCAGGAGAGAGACUUCGUUUGGGAGUCUUUGAUUUCACCUGGGAAGAGAAAAAGAAAGAAGAACUCCCGAAAGGACAAAGCAUGUGUAAAACACAAAAACAACAUCACUAAGAAAACAGAUGAGGGCAUCCAGAAGAAAAAGAAAAAGAAAAAAUCCAAAUUCACAGAAGCAAUGCAGGGAAAGAAAGAAAAGAAGAAAGUAAAGAAAAACAAAACAUCAGUAGAGUUAGAUCACAAUUUCGUAUUCACACAGGGUUACUCAGGUGCAUCUGGCCCUUUUGCAAAAUCAAAACCUGAAUCGUCACAUCCUUGCAGCACUGAAAAAAUAAAGCCUGAUGACCUGACUCAAGACUCCAAAAGAACCAAAAGAAAAAAGAAAGUGGCGUGGGAUUUAUCUCCAGGCUACAUCCAUGUCAAACGUCCUAAAUUUGUCUCUUCAUCACCCAAAGAGAACAUCUUCUCAGAGGAGGAAGCUGUGAGAGACGCUGAGAGUUGUUCACAGGUCACCGCGACAAGUCAAGCACAUGAUAAUGACUCUCAAUGCACCGCUGAUGAUAUAAACAGCCAGGACCUGUUUAUCACACAGAAGAAGUUCAGGGUGUCGCCCUCCGAAUCUUCAAGUGGUGAGGCCAGCGACAAAGCUUUUAUUACGUCUCCUACACCAGUCACACAACGAGACAGGCGGCUGAACUCAUCUGGGGUUCAGGUAGAACAACAUGAAGGAUCAAACAUACAUCUACAGCAGUCUCAUUUUUAUCAGCAUCCCAAAAAGGCAAAAGAACACCUGCAGAGGCCGAAGACAGUACAGGUAGUCCUCAUAGAAGAAGAAGAAGAAAAGGGGUUGCACUUAGCACAGCAAAUUCCCAAGAAGAAAACUUUGUCCUUUCAGAAACAGAGGGACUUAAACACAAACCUAAUUGAAGAGAAAAAAGCGUCCGGCCUAGUACAUGUAAAACCAAGUGUAGUGAAUCCUUACCUGGAUGAACCAGCUGUGGUAAACUCCUCCCUGUAUGUUACAAAAUCAGAUAAAUACUACUUUUCUUCAAGACAACAGUCUCCUUCACAUCUUCAAAACUCAGGUGGGCUUUCCCUGCUUCCACUCAUUGCAAAAGCAAGCAUCUCCACACAGACGGAAAACUUCUUCACCACUGAACUCUCCUCCUAUCUCAACUUCUGCCAAAAACGUGUAGUGACUAUAUGUUCUGAGAGCUUGAAACCUUUGGACCUCAGUCUGCCACGGAGGGCAAGAAAAGACCUCCCUUCAGUGAAUGAAGAAAAGCGCAAUGACCAGAAACCAUCAUCACUGCCAGAAAAGACAAAAGGUAACGGUCACAAAGACCCAAGCAUGCGUCCAUCUCGUUCUUCAGAGAUGAAGGAUGUCGAGGUAAAGAAGGAGCCUUCUGGUCGACAGCAGGGGUCCGUCAUUGCACAGGGUAAAGGCAAAACUCCAACUCCAAGCCCCCAGUCUGAGUCUGAGGCUAAGUCUGCAAACUCCAGUGAAGACAGCGAACCCCCCAGUUGCACCGGAAAGCCAGACCUGACCCAGGUCCGAGCGGUCCAGAUGAGACUCAACGAAUCCUUCUUUUUCAAAACAAAAGGAGAGGGACAGUCCCUCAGACCCGAGUCUCCACUGAUGAAACUGACUCAGGGCAGAGAGAUGAAAAGCAGGAAGAGCCACUGAGGUCAUGAGAUGCGUUUGGAAACACUGAGCGGUCAGCAGUUUGUGGUUGCCGCACUCUUCCUAAUUGAAGACUCAACACACAAUUCGAGGUGUGUGUAGCAGGAAUACAUUGUUACAGCCAUCUGGGUUGAAGAGCGCCACACACAGGUUAGCAGGUGAACAAAAUUCAGCUCUUGAAGCUGUAACUCACUCUGAAAGUCGUCUUUGAGGAAAAGUUUUGAGAUUCACACUGUCAGGGAGUUCAAUCCCUCUAUGAUAUACACUCAGUUGGCAGUUUAUUAGGUACACUGAACUAUUACUAUAUUGCAGUCUGAUACAACAGUCCUGCGAUAAAUCCUCCUCCGUGAAGGUUAUUAUGUUCAGUUUGUGAUGAAACUGUUCUAGAGAGAUGUUAUGUGUCCUCCAAAAUGAUCACAUUUUAACCAACACCCCUCUAAAACAGUUUCAACACAAACUGAACAUUAUAACCGUCACCAAGGAGGAUUUAUUGCAUUACUGUUGUUAGACUUCCUUAGUUUUGGAUAAUAAACUGCCAACUGAGUGUACAUGGAAAUUUAAUUCCGAAAUGUACUUCUUGGAAAUAAUUAACAUUUUAUUAUAUAGAUGACAUCUUUCAAUGUUUGUAAAUUGCCAGUAUUUUCAACUUAGAUGUUUCUAUAAUGUUGGUAUAGGGUUUUGAGUACUCACAGGUUUCUGUGCAAGUUCCAUUUAAACAUCAGUUUCAGUGGCAGUUGUUCGAUCUGUACAUCCAAUUGUAGCUUGGAGCUUUGUCCUUUGUCUGUUCUGUAAAUGAUCUGUUAUCAAUUAAAGUUUAUUUAUUGUA